CACAAGUGGGCCAGGAUUGCCCUAUGAGCCCAAAGCUUUGACCGAGGAACGACUAGGCGCCAUGCGCCUUUAAGCCAAGGCCAUUUACAGGGGUCUACCCCAAAGACCUAAAACUCCCGCCAAAAUGAGGCCGAAGCCAAACGCAAUAAACGCAAAAGAAGGCAAAAAAGAAAAGAAACAACUGAAGCCUGUGUCAUAGAUUACCAAUUCCGUUGUUUGCGUGCGAAUCCUCCGCCAUAUAGUAUCAACACGGACUGAUGGUUUCCUACCAUGUCCGUGCUGAGCGCAGCUGAGGAUUUGGAAGCCCGGCUGGCAGCUAUUGAGCUGGAAAGUCGUCUUAACAAGGAGGAGACUCGUCUGGAGAUUAGCCGGCUGGUUGCUUCUGAGCAGGCGAUCAACGCUGAGCUGGCGAUUCUGCGGGCAAGCAACCCGGAAUAUGCUAAAAUCCUCCGCCGCAGCAUCGUUGCCGACGUGCACAAUUACCUGCAAACAGCAGCCGGGCCGCGCCGCACAGUGGGAGACGGCUUUGAGCAUUGGGACGCAUACGUAUUGCGCCUCAUUGAGGAACGAGGACCGAAGUGGUUCAAGGACAAGCUGGCGUUCCCAAUCACGUGCGCAGGGCUCCUGUCCAAAGGCCCAGAGACCGCCUUCGACGACGGCUGUAAAGCCGCGCACCAGCUGCGCGCCCGGAAGCCGGAGGUCUUCCGGGCAACGUACCUGGCGGGUCUGCCCGACGAGGCACGGAGCGAGUGGGAGGCGCUGCUCGAGUUCCUCGUUACGAAGGAGUCUCAGGGAGCUCGCUCGUGACGGUGCAACACCUGCGUCCCAAGGCGGCAAGAGCGGGGCUGGAAGCUAGCUCUAUGAUGCCGGUGGAGGCCCAGAGCCAGCAGCAGCUCAUUCAAGUGCGGCUGGUGAAGAGGGAGCUUGAGGCGAUGGAAGGCAUGGAAGGUGAUGACGCCAUCCAGGGGCUGAGGCAGCGUGGCUUUGUGAGCAAGGAGGAGGGAUUGCGUUGAUGAUGGCCUGCGUCAAGGAGGCACGUUUAUGUGGGAAUUAGAAGACGGAGUUACGGGACCUCAUUUGCCUUGCAUACAUCUGUGUCAACUUGUGGAGGUACGAUAAGGACUAAUAGGACUUCGGUUGCAUGCAAGUUAGAGGGCUUAAAUGCCUGGCAAAAAGUUGCUGGAAUAGCCUCAAAGACCGCUGCUGAUGACAACAGCAGCUGGGGCGCCACGGGUUUGCCAGCGCCACCUGGGCGGCUGCGGGUGAAGGGGUUUGCAAUAGUGCAGCAGACAUGGGUGCGAAGU